GCUCCCAUCACGCUAUGGCGCACCUUAGCACUGAGUGACUCAAAACAAAUCCGAACGUUAAACCAAACCAGAAAAGAAAACCGAAACCUUCGACUUCCAACCCUACCCGUACCCCUAUAUAAGCCAAAUUCUCCUUCCCGGCUAUUUUCCCACAGGAUCAAGAUCAAAGAAGAGAAACCGUAGCCCUUUUCUUUAUUGUCUGUAUAAAUGUGUGAGUGAAUAUCGAGAUAUGGUAAUGGGGACAGAAAGAUCAAAGGCUUUGCACAAUUUCACCAUGCCUUGCAGCCUGCGCUGGGGCAGCCAGCGCUACCUCCGAUGCAUGAAGGUCAGCUCCAAUGGCCAAAUUUCAAACCUCCGCCGCUUCAAUGCGAAUGAUUCCGAUUCUUCUGAUUAUCAGCACCAACAGCGGCGUACAACCAGAGAGAAACAGAUGGAGAGUAAUGGAUCCCACAAGUUGGGUCCCACUCAGGCGGCGAAGAGUUUCGAUGGUGGCCGGAUAUUUGAAAACGGUGAUGAUGAUGAUGGGAUUGCUGAGGUGAGAGAGAAGGUGAUAUUCGAUCUACAGGCGGUGGCUGAACAGAUGAAACACCAGAUUUUCACGGAAAGUCUUGAGGAAGGCGAGGUUUUCGUUUCUCCAUCUCUACCUCCGCCACCCCCUCCGCCGCCACCGGUUGCGGCAGACGGCAGUUUCACGCCGUGGAAUUUGCGGACAAGGCGAGCUGCGUGUAAGGCGCCAUUAACUGGUUCUGUCGGCGGCACCGAUAGUAUGAAGGCUUUGACGGUGGAUGUAAUGAAACCCAGUGCGUUGCUUUCAUCGACGGGGACGCCGGCUACUGGCGAUAUCAAGUCACCGUGGCUGAGAAGUGGGGCGGCGGCAGAAUCUCCUAGCGGCGAAAAGAGAGAGAGAGCUAAAUUUUCGGUGCCACUUCUGAGAAGAGAGAUCGAACAGGAUUUCAUUGCAAUGGUUGGUCACAGGCCCCCGCGCAGACCUAAAAAGAGGGCUAAGAUCGUUCAGAAGGAAUUGGAUACAAUAUUUCCAGGAUUGUGGUUGUCAGAAAUUACACCUGAUAUGUACAAAGUCACUGAAGCUGCUCCGUAGGCCAAAAAAAAAGGUUCUUUGGAGUUUGAAGGGGUUUGUGACUUGCUGACAGGAACUGGUUUAAUUGUGAAGGAUUUACUACUAAUCUAGUUGUACAAUGCACCAGCUUGGAUGAAUAAGGAAUUUGAUCGAGAAGUUGAAUUUCUUCUGGUAAAAUGAUGGUAUGAAAGAUAAAUUUAGUUGUUUUGGGAAUGCUGAUUUGUUUAGUUCUGAUUGUAAUUGUUCAUAGUUUUGUUUUUAUUCAUGGGAAUAAAGUAAACAAAGGUUGAUGGGUUAUUAUUAUUAUUAUUAUUUUCAUUGAA